AUGAGAGACGGCCUGCGCGAAGUGCUCCAGCGGGCCGGUGAUUUCGACGUAGUCGGCCAGGCCGGUGACGGCGCGCCAGCGGUGAGAAUCGCGCAGCAGCUCAGGCCCGACGUGGUCAUCAUGGACGUCAUGAUGCCGCUGAAAAACGGCAUCGACGCCUGUAGGGAGAUUACGGAGAUGCUGCCGGAUACGAGAGUGCUCAUCCUGACGGCCGCGGCGGAAGAAGACGCCGUGAUGGAGGCCGUCGCCGCGGGCGCGACGGGAUACCUCCAGAAGUACUCUGCCAAGGACAAGCUGCUGGGCACGGUCAGGGACGUAGCCGAGGGAGAGUACCGGAUUCCGGGAGAUGUCAUCCGAAGCGUCUUCGCCGGCAUUCGUGCCGCCGCCGAGCAGAACAGGAACAGAUCGAGAGCUCGAAAGGCUCACACAGCGCGAGCGCGAGAUACUCACGCUGUUCGCGCAGGGGCUAUCCUACGCCGAGAUCGCCCAGGUCAGGAGCAACCAGCCUUUGACUAUCAGGAACGCCAUCUACGGAAUACAGGACAAGCUCGGUAUCGAGACCAAGCAGGAGCUGGUUGUCUGGGCAGUCCGCAUGGGACUGCUGGACGACUACCAGCUGGGAGUCUCAUGAUCUCAUGA